UAGGUUACAACUCGCUGAGUUGUAGACACAGACCUCGACGAUCCUCAUUCGUUCCACCUAAAGGUGACGGCGUAUGUUUGGUAGAAAACAAUAAAUCACCGCAUGAGCAAGGAAUUUACUUAAGUGUCAAACGUGAUCUCAGUUUUAGCAAGUUUCACGGGUGCAAUACAAUUGUCUUGUGGGCAGUGGUAAGUAUUCCAGAUUCCUAUCUCCUUGUCUUCCGUGUAGGGGCCUUAACUCGUCCUCCUCAAAACGUGCAAAUCUCUCCCACUCCACGCCGGUUCUUUUCUUCCUACAUCGUGUCGCCAGGUUUUGUAAGAGCUGUUUGUUAUGAUCAUCUAAGUCGAGGCGAUGGCAGUAACAACCAUGGGUUGAAUCCGUUAUCUGGUUGCGAUGGCUGUGAUGUCUUUGUACACAAGCAGGGGAUUCCAUCCUAGCUUAACUGAUUGGAGAAACCAUUCUAGAUUUUGGGAAGGGCGAGUUGAGCAUGUGGAGUUGGGAUAUGAGCUAAGUGGAAGGUGUUUUGGAGCAUCGAGGUCAAUAGCAUGUACUCGAUGGUGUCGGACUGUCGUUUCAUGCGAUAGCGGAAGAGCAAGUAGAGGUAUCUCAGCUGGUGCUGGUCAAGCAGAGGUGGAUUCCGGAGCUCAUCCUGUGAAGUUUAGGUAUGAUGUGAUGCUGAGUGAGGUGAGCACAUGGGGCAUUGGCGGUCCAGCGAGGAUUUACGCGGAGGUUUCAACUCCCGACGAAUUGGCUACUGUGCUCAGGUAUUGUACAUGCCACAACGUGCGGUGGUUUGUGGUUGGCAAAGGAUCAAACUGCUUAUUCGACGACCGUGGAUUCGAUGGGUGCGUAAUCCUCAACCGCAUCAAUUUUCUGGAGAAGCUUGGGACCGGUCGGUACCGAGUAGGAAGUGGCUACGCAUUCAACACGCUAGGAGUCCAAUGUUCCCGAGAUGGGUUUUCUGGACUUGAAUUUGCUGGUGGGAUUCCGGGUACUGUAGGUGGAGCAAUUUAUAUGAACGCGGGUGCAGAUGGGCAGGAAACGGGAGAUGUUGUGCAAAACGUGGAGAUCCUGACGACGAGUGGAGUUUCACACUCACUUUCUCGAGAUGCAGGUGAACUGAAAUUCGAUUAUCGAUUUUCCCCAUUUCAAAAAAUGUCCGACUUUUCUGUCAUCGUCGCCGCCACUUUCGAUUUGCAGCCGAAUUCUGAUGCAAAGCAGAGACAGCGGAUAUAUUUGGAGAGGCGUAAGAGGACACAACCAGUGACGGAGAAGAGCGCAGGUUGCGUGUUCCGUAACCCAGGGGCAGGAUGCCAGUCAGCUGGUGCUUUGAUAGAGCAAGCUGGGCUCAAAGGAGUUGCAAUUGGGGGAGCCAGGGUCUCUGAAAAGCACGCCAACUUUCUCAUCAACGGGGGAGGUUCGAAAUCACAGGAUGUGCAGGCUCUUAUUGCGUUGGUAAAGGAGGAAGUACACAAGAAGUUUGGGUUGUGGUUACAGGACGAAGUCUUGUAUAUCCCCUACAAUCAGGAGCAGCAGUUGUAAAAUCAAUGAGAGCAAAAACAAAGUUGAACAGAAUAGGUCAUUAACCAUCUUCUGAACUCAUACAGGUAAACCAGGGCUUGGACUUCGCCUUGGAGAUUCAUGGUUUCUGUAUUAUGGUGGUUACGAGGUUUGUGCAUCAUUCCUUGUGAUAAAAUUUGUAACAUGUGAAGGGCAAAUAUCAAAUGAUAAUUAUGAUUCUACAAAUUCACUAAAAAAAAGAAGAAAAGCCUCAACUUUGGGUUUCAAUCGA